AUGCCCAUCCCACCCUCACACAGCUCCUUUAACGCCCCCGCACGAAAUAUCCAUCGCAACACAAUCGACAUCGAAUACUCAGCCUACUCUACAGUGUUCCACGCAGCAGAGUGGCUAUCUUCACACAUAUCGCAUCACAUCACAUCACCGCCAAACGCUCGCUCGCUCACCUUCCCUUCCAUCCCACUCCAUAUCCCCUCCAUAUCCACUGCACUGCACUCACUGUACUCGCCCGUCUCUCAAGAACCCAUCACCAUUUUCUCCCCAUCACCACACCCCUUCACCUCCACACACACAAUGCCCCGCCACCACACCCACCACAGCAACAGCAACAGCAACAUAACCCUAACCUGCGCCUGCAGCCUCGAACACUCCAUCCACGUCUCCAUAUCCAUCACCCCACAGGCAGACUUCCCCUCCAGCUCCAGCUCCAGUAGCCGCAUCCAGCCCACCCUAUCCUUAAACAUCCCUUCUCCUCCCCCACCACGCCUACGUCCUUCUCCCCCAGCACCACAACCAGCACGCCUCCGCUCUCCCUCUCCCGGCCCACGCCCCCCGCUCCCGCGCCGCAACCCACAGCGCACCCUCCUCCCGCAAAUCCUGCUGCUGAAUCCGCGCCACCAGCAAAACGCAUCGUCCAUCCUACCCCUCAUAUCAUCUAGCGCUACGGCUACUACCAUGACUUGCGGAAUCUGCCAUGAGGACAGCAGCAGCAGCGGCGGCGGCGGUAGCACAGAUCUCGCGAUGCGCGCGCUAAAAGUAUGCGGACACCACUUCUGCACUGCAUGUCUGCGCCGGCUGAUUGCAGGAGGAGGAGGAGGAGGAGGAGAGAGUGCGGCAGCAGCACAAGCUAAAUGCCCCUUGUGCCGGGCGGUGAUUUUCCGGGUUGUGGAGUAG